AUGGUGUCUAUGGGACGACAGAUGCUGGGCUUUGUCCUGGCCAUCAUCGGCUUCCUGGGGACCAUCAUUGUCUGUGCUCUGCCCAUGUGGAAGGUCACUGCCUUCAUUGGAGCCAACAUUGUGACGGCGCAGGUCAUCUGGGAAGGCUUAUGGAUGAACUGUGUAAUGCAGAGCACAGGCCAGAUGCAGUGCAAGAUCUAUGAUUCUCUCCUGGCUCUACCUCAGGACCUUCAGGCGGCCAGAGCUCUCGUGGUCAUUGCCAUCAUUGUUGCAGCCUUUGGGAUCAUCCUGGGCAUUGCCGGGGGCAAGUGCACCAACUUUGUGGAGGACGUUAGUGCCAAAGCCAAGGUGGCCAUCGCUGCCGGAAUUGUCUUCAUUUGUGCCGGGGUUCUCGUCCUCAUCCCUGUCUGCUGGUCUGCCAACACCAUCAUCAGGGACUUCUACAACCCCCUAUUGACCAACGCCCAGAGGAGAGAGCUUGGGGCUGCGCUAUACAUCGGCUGGGGCACAGCUGCGCUUCUCAUCCUGGGUGGUGCCCUCCUCUGCAGCUCCUGCCCACCCAAAGAAAGCCCAGAGUAUCCAGUCAAGUACUCCGGUGCCAGGUCCACAGCCACCAGCCGAGCCUAUGUCUGA